AGCUUCGGCAAAGUUCACUGCCGUCGUAUAUUUCUCACGUCAGCGAAGAUCAGGUUGUACAAAGAGUCGAGCAGUCGGAGAGUGCGUUUGGUUGUUAGCGAAAACUUUGUGAUUCUUGGGAUUUGUGUCUGCGUGUGUCGUUGCUGUUAGUAACUGUUUUUUUUUCCCUCUAUUUCUGCUGAGAGUAACAAAAUGUACACUGAAACCCAGCUCCACUGUGCACUUCUAAUGACUUCUGAAAUUUCUCUAAGUAAACUUAGUGAGCAUUUAGGAGAACAAAGUCACCCAGUUGGAGAAAAAACUCAAAAAACUUGGCUGACCAUUAGUGAAGCUUUGGCUAUUUCAUUGAAACAAGCCAUGGGUCAACGCAGGAUUACAAUGGGUAUCCUUGAGUGUGCCAAGCUUCUUAGCCACUCACCUGGCCGAGUCAUGUUAUGUGUUCUUCCUGAACUGUCAAGUGAUAAUCUUGCAAUGCACAUUCAUCAUACACUGAUCACAUCAUUCUGUUGGGAGCAUGAGAUCAGAUUGUUGAAGGUUAAAAAUGAACAUUGCCUGCUCGACUUAGUCAGAGGUAGCCCUGACUUUACAGAAUCUACGCUCAAGUCUGUGUCCUGCAUGCUGAUUGAAAAACCUCUAGAUGGAAACAGUGAGGCCGACACCUUUGUGUCUGGGUAUCACGACACUGUCAUGUAUAGUGACAUUUACCCAAAGCCUGUUAUACAACUUCCCGAGUGAAGCAUUGCAUGCUGACCUAGACAUUGCCUUCAAUUUAGUUCAUCAUCCCCCUGAUGAAUUUCAAAAUUGAUAAGCUUCUACUGAAAGCUGACUUGGAAAACAAGGUUUUCUCCCUUGCCUCUCCCAGAGAUGUGAAGUAGGGGAGAUACUACUACUUAGUUCCUGGUGCAGUCAAAGCACUGAAACUGUUGCUACUGCACACAUCAAGUUGGAUACCAAAUGUUGCAUAAGCUUACAUAGCAAAGCACAACCUGCAAAACCUAUUUGCGUUCAAAGCUAUAGUUUGGAUACUACUAUUUUAUGAACUGGACAAGGAGCCUAACCAAGAUGAUAAGAUCAAACUUGAUAGCAUUGGAAAUGUGCUACAUGUAAAACAAAAUCCAUUUAUUACAGUCUACGUUCUCUGUAACUUUUUAAAAACUUAAUUGUUUAACAAUUAAAUUUAUAUAUUAGAAUAUUUAUUUACAUUACAUCUCAGGAAAUUACAGAGUUGUUUAUUUCUUAUCAGGUAGGAUGAUGAUUAUACAUGAAUGUAAUAUAGUAUUUAGAUUAUUUAUGUUUUAGAUAUUUCAUCUUUUUAGUUUACUGUCAUUUAUAAAUAAUUCUAUUCAAAAAAAGUUUGGUUAGGUGUAAAUUAAACAUCACUUUCUAUUUUGAUCCAUAAUAGAAAUGCAUUUACAUUAUUACAUAUUUCAAGACAUUUUUAUUUAUCAUCAUAUCACAUUCAUUUUUUUUUGUAUUUUAUGUUUAUUCUUCAUUUUUGUACCUUACUGUAAACAUACUUGCAUUCUAUUAUUAAAUUAAA